AUGGUUAAUAAUUGGAAUAGUGCUGGGUGCAUAGGAAGCUCUAAGUAUUAAGCAUGUGGCCACAGCCUCCCCUGUCCCUCCUCUCUCCUGUCUCCUCUUUGCUGCUGCCCUGCUGCCUUGAUGGGAUAUUCCGCGUCUGUCUCUGUCUGUCUGUCUGCCUGCCUCCUGCCUGUCUCAUCCCCUUUUCUUUCUUCUGUUCCCCCACCCCCACCACUGAUGCAGUUUGGACCAAGUUUUCUUCAGCCAGCUAAUUCAGAGACAAGGAGAACCUGGAUAUUUAAUGGGGGCUUGGGGGACUUCCUUACAGCCGCAGGUCUCUGUGAAAAGGGCCCUGGAUGAUCUCUGCAAAAGCCCACCUGCUAUUGGUUAGCCAGGACCAUCUCCACUUUCAGACACCAGCUUCAUCCAAACACUCUUUGCUGUAUUUAUAACUACAGUGCAUUUCCUCGGGACGCACAUCUUACGGCUUCUUGGCGCCUUCGCCCAGGGUGCACUGCUUGGACCAUCGCCCUCCGGCAGAGACAGUGUCUUUCUUUGUGUGUUCUCCUUCCUCUGGUCGAGAUGUGGCUUGGUCAUCUGGAGUGGGGCCCAGAAGUCGCCUCGGCUUCGUGGAGGCUCGCUGUCCCCAUGGCGGAGAGCUCGGCCACACACCCUGAUGUCUCGACACCUUUGAGCUGCCCGUGA